CCAUUAUUUACAAUAAACGAUACUUCGAUGCGCUGGGCCAGUACGGAGUAAGGGGGUAAACUGAUUCCUUCGUGAUUUUCCUUUCCUAAUUUUCCUUACCGCCACAUAUAUGCUGGGAAAUUCAAAUUUCGAAGCAAAUUGGGGAAAGUGAUUGAGAGCGUUUGAGGACGAAGCUAGGUGUGAAUUUAUAGUGUGAGUUGAAUUAGGGCAUGGAAUCGUCGGGCGAUGAGGCAGAGGCGGUGCCACAAUCCGUUUCAAAUUACCAUUUUGUAGAUGACAACGAUGAACCCAUCUCAUUUCACGUUUUGCCAAUUCAGUGGAGUGAGUGUGAGAGGCAAGACGGCAAGAAAAUGCAAAUAUUUGUGCGUGGCACUAACGAUAAUGGGCUUCAGAAACUGUAUAAGCAUGUUAUCGCAUGGCGGUUUGAUCUUUCCAAUGUCGAUCCUGAGAUAUCGGUGCUCUCUAAGGAAAAUAACUGGCUCAAGCUUCAGAAGCCGAGGAAGAGCUUCGAGGAAGUAAUAAGGUCAAUCUUGAUAACACUGCAGUUCCUUCACUAUGUGAGCAGAAAUCCUGAGACAUCUGCAAAAUCUUUGUGGGAUCACUUAUCUAAAGUUUUCAGCUUUUACAAGGUCAGGCCUUCUCAGAAUGACCUGGUGGAUCACAUUCCUCUACUUAGUGAAGCUGUUAAAAGGGAUGAUGCGUUAGCAAAGUGCAAGUUUUUACUCAAUUUUCUUGAAGAGAAAACCAACAAGAGGAAACUAUAUGAUCAGGACAUUCAAGCUACAACAAAACCUGGAUUUAUAGUUGAUGAUACGGAAGAAGAUAUGAUUGACGCUGAAGACGAGUCCAACGACGAUGAUAACCUGUUUGAUUCUGUUUGUGCUUUUUGUGAUGAUGGUGGCACUCUAUUGCAUUGUGAAGGGAGAUGCCUAAGGUCAUUUCACGCAACUGUCGAGGAUGGUGAGCAUUCUAUGUGUGAGACCCUUGGCUUUACCCAGGAUGAAGUAGAAGCGAUUCAAAAAUUCUUCUGCAAGAACUGUCAUUAUAAACAGCAUCAAUGCUAUGCUUGUGGGAAGUUAGGCUCCUCUGAUAAAUCUUCAGGGGCUGAGGUCUUCCCCUGUGUUUCUGCAACCUGUGGUCAAUUUUACCAUCCACAUUGCAUUGCAAAACUCAUUUAUAAAGACAAUGGAGUCUCUGCUGAAGAACUUGAGAAAAAAAUUGCUCUGGGGGAAUCUUUUACGUGUCCGAUUCAUAAAUGCUGCAUUUGUGAACAAGGAGAGAACAAGAUGGAUCCUCAGUUGCAGUUUGCUGUGUGUCGGCGUUGUCCUAAAUCCUACCACAGGAAAUGCUUGCCAGAGGAGAUUGUAUUUCAAAGAACAGAGGAAGACGAAGGGGAGGAAGACACAGAGGAUGAAGGUGCAACAGCAAGAGCUUGGGAAGGUCUAUUACCUAACCAUGUACUAAUAUAUUGCACAAAGCAUGAGAUGAUUAAAGACAUUGAAACGCCAAUAAGGGACCACAUAAAAUUCCCUGGAGUUAAAGAAAAGAGGACUACUUUUAUUCGAAAGAAGACCGAUUUUGUAGAGAAAAAGAAAAAACGGACAUCAGAAUCCCUUCAAGAUAGAGAGAUAUCUGUGACGAAUAAGAGAAAGCUUUCCGCCAAAGAAUUCUAUAGGGGCCAAACUGCUCCUAUGAUAUCUAAAGAGAAGCUGAAGUUAUCUUCUACCGCAAAAGUGGGUGGUAGCAGAAUUAGUAAAAAACUACCUGCUGCGUUAGAUACAUCAAGAAAGCUGAAAGUGAAUUGUGCUUUGAAAAAGAAAGCUAAGAUUUCUGUGGCUGCGGAACAAAAUACCUCAUUGGGUGAUCAGCUAUAUGCCUAUAGGAAGGAGUCUUUGCAAGUGAAGUCGGGGAAGCAGGGCAAACCUGAUGGGGAGCGUGAUUUGGCAAUAUUUAAUCCUGCCUCAAAAAAGUUGACCAGCGCACCACCAUCUUUAGAUGCAGCUACAGAGAGGAGGUUAUUGUCUUUAAUGAAAGAUGCUGCGUCUUCAAUAACUCUGGAAGAUGUUAUAAGAAAGCACACAGUUCCAUCAACUCAUCAAUCCUCGUCCAAAAAUGUUGUGGAAAGGAACAUUACAAUGGGAAAGGUAGAAGGCUCAAUUGAGGCUGUUCGAAUGGCAUUACGGAAACUAGAGGAAGGAUGCCGUGCUGAAGAUUCAGAGGCUGUUUGUCCUCCUGAGGUUGUUCACCAGAUUUACAAGUGGAAGAACAAGCUGAGAGUAUAUCUUGCACCUUUCAUGCAUGGAAUGCGCUACACGUCCUUUGGUCGUCAUUUUACAAAGGUGGACAAAUUAAAAGAGAUUGCUGAUAGGCUCCAUUGGUAUGCAAAAGAUGGAGAUACGAUAGUGGACUUCUGUUGUGGUGCCAAUGAUUUCAGCAUUGUAAUGAAGAAGAAACUUGAAGAGACGGGGAAGAAUUGCUUUUAUAAAAACUAUGACUUUAUUCAACCGAAGAAUGAUUUCUGUUUUGAGAAGAGAGAUUGGAUGAAAGUAAAACCAAAAGAAUUACCGAAAGGGUCACAAUUGAUCAUGGGGUUAAACCCUCCUUUCGGAGUUAAAGCAGCUUUGGCAAACAAGUUCAUCGACAAGGCUCUUGAGUUCAAUCCAAAGCUCCUUAUUCUUAUUGUUCCACCAGACACUCAAAGGUUAAAUGAAAAGAAUUCGCCUUAUGAUUUGAUCUGGGAGGAUACCCAGUUUCUGUCAGGAAAGUCUUUUUAUCUCCCCGGAUCUGUUGAUGCAAAUGACAAACAAUUGGAUCAAUGGAAUGUAAUGCCGCCACCACUCUAUAUCUGGAGUCGUCCUGAUUGGUCUGCUGACAUCAAGGCUAUAGCCAAAGCGCAUGGUCAUAUCACUGCAUCACAAGGGUAUACGAAAGAUCAUUCUGACUCUUUAAAUAACGGUCGGUCAAUAGGUAAUAAUGAUAAAUAUGGUGAAGCGCCUAUGCUGAUUGAUGAUGGCAUAAAACCCGAGAGUCCUGGGGAUGGGAACAACAUCAUUGAUGAGAUGUGCAAGGAGAUUCUGCCACGCAUUCUGCCUGCUGAAAAAGGAGAUCAGCAUUCUGAGCCUGGCAACUCUGGUUCAAGCAUGCAGUUCCGAACUACUUAUGGUGGGACAGAGUUCAACAUUGCUGAUGACACAGGUAGAAGGAGAUUCUCCAUGAGCAGUGAUGAGCCUUGCUCGAGUCUGACUCAUGGCUGGUCUACCGGUCCCAAUUCUGGUUAUAGGGCUACAAACUCGGAGGAACCGUUUGUGGGGCACACGAGAGAGAGAUUGGAUAGCCUUGGUUGUAGGCCAUAUUUGAAUGAGGCAGAAGAUGCAUUUAGGAGGGAGUCUGACGUAUGUUCUCAGAUUCAUCUUUAUGGUCAGCAAGAUUUUGAUUCUUCAAGAAGUAAUUAUUUGGUGCGUCAGGAUUCUGUGAGUGGACAGAUUGGAUCGUAUUCAUCUACUGACAGCCAUAGUCAUCCUGGUCCAGCAGCUGAGUUAUCGUACAGAAUGAACACAUCAGUCAUGCAGCGGUAUGCACCUCGGUUGGAUGAAUUGAACCACACGAGGAUGGGCCGCUUAGGAUCUGAACCUGCUUUAGGAUAUCAACCGCACAUGUCCAGUAGCGACGGCACUUAUGAUCCCAGGGCACCCCGGCCCGGUCAACAUGGUGGCUCCAUGGGUUUUGCUCCCUGUCCUCACCAAAGCUAUUCGAACGAAAAUUCAGCAGGUUGGCUGCAUGAGUAAAACAGGUACAACGUGAUAAGUAGGUUCUCCUUUUUUGUACAUAAGAGUAGUAAAUGCUGGUGUAUUAAAUACAUGUGUUUUGGCAACAUUGUACUUCGUGCCACUUUAUACGGAAACUUAUGAUAUUUUAUUUCUUACUUUGGCUAAA